AUGGCGGGUGGCGCUGAGGCGGCGGCGGCGCUGCCCCAGGAAUGGCGGCUCUACCUCGUCCCCACCCGCGCCGCCACCUUCCGCAACUGGCCCUUCACCGAGGGCUGUUCCUGCACGCCCGAGCGGAUGGCGGCGGCGGGUUUCGUGCACUGCCCCAGCGAGAACGGCCCCGACGUGGCGCAGUGCUUCUUCUGCUUCAAGGAGCUGGAGGGCUGGGAGCCCGACGACGACCCGCUGGAGGAACACAAAAAACACUCUGCGGGCUGCGCUUUUCUCUCCCUUCAGAAAGAUCCUACUAACCUGACGCUGCAGGAGUUCCUGAAACUGGACAAAGAACGAAUGAAAAACGCAAUCAGAAAAGAAAUUUCUCAGAAGGUGACCGAGGUUGAAGAUGCAGCCAAGAGCGUGCGUCGUGAAAUAGAGAAUCUGGUCUCCUAGGCCACUGUAGCGUCUCACUUGUCGGUGACGUCUCUCUUGUACGCGUGCUCUGGCACUGCCCAUUUGACUGAAUGACUGUGUUUCCUGAGAGUGCUCUCAGAAAGGCCGUCUCUGUGAGAAGCAGACUGAAUCACCUUCACUCACCUGAAUCUGUCCAGGAAGUACCUGGGGUUUGAUGCAGUGCAUACACAAUCUUUUUCUGCAGGGAUUCUCCUAGUCUUCCUGUUACUUUAAUUAAGGAUUACUACUUGUGGUCUUAUGUGUUCUUUUCUUUUUUUUUUUAACCUAGCUGUUUCCAUUUCAGAGAUGCUGGUAGCUCUGGUGCAAAGACUUGCGCUUCCUGCAAGAGCUGGCAGGCGCUUCCAUUUUUGUACGGAAUAUACCAAUGCUUUUGGAUACUUCUGGAAAUAAAAAGGGGAAGGAGUUUUAAAACUCCUUCAGGGAUUUAGGAUUGUGGCUAAUAAUGUCUAAUUAUACCAAAUCUUAGUGUGCCUGGUAUCCUUGUAAAUAUCUAUCAGUAGUUGGCUGCUGCCUCGUGUUCGUGCAUUUACAAAUAAAAGUUGAAGGCAAAACAGUAAUUUUACUCAG